CACGUGACCCGGGAGUCUCCCCGGGCGGCGCUUCCGGCCCAUCCCGCUCCGCCGGCGGCUCCCGGGAAUCCCGGGAAUCUCGGGGGCCCGGGGCUCCUGCGGCUCCCGCGGCGCCCGGACCCUCCCCGAGCCAGCACCGCCGAGGGUCUGCCCGCGACGCCGCCCCGACAGCCCCGGCCCGGCCCUGCGGGGCCCUGUGCGGGGCCCUCCCGCUGCCGGCCCUCAGGAGCCGCCGCCGCCACCGCGGGUGAUGCCCCCGCCCGCCCGGGCGGCACCGCACACGGCCUGCCCGGCUUUCCCGGCCGGUGCUCCCGAGGCUGCGCCCCGUUGUCCCGGUGAAUUUCCCCGGUGAGUUAUUUUCCCGGUGGGUUUUCCCGGUGAGUUUUCCCGGUGAGUUUUCCCGGUGAGUCCCCCCCGCCCCACAAGCAUGGAGUUCGCCGAGCUGAUCAAGACGCCGCGGGCGGAUAACGUGGUGCUGCACCGCCCGUUCCACGCGGCCGUGGAGGGCACGCUGUGCCUGACCGGCCACCACCUGAUCUUCUCGUCGCGGCGGCAGGACAACGCCGAGGAGCUGUGGCUGCUGCACUCCAACAUCGACUCCAUCGACAAAAGGUUCGUGGGCUCCUUGGGCACCAUUGUCAUAAAAUGCAAGGACCUGAGGAUUAUCCAGCUGGACAUCCCAGGGAUGGAGGAAUGUCUGAACAUUGCCAGCUCCAUCGAGGCUCUUUCCACCCUGGACUCAAUCACCCUCAUGUAUCCCUUCUUCUACCGGCCCAUGUUCGAGGUGGUGGAGGAUGGAUGGUCCUCCUUUCUGCUGGAACAGGAGUUUGAGCUCCUCAGCUCAGUGACCAAUGAAUGGCGUCUCAGCUGUGUGAACAAGGAAUUCUCUGUGUGUCCCUCCUACCCUCCAGUUGUCAUUGUCCCCAAAUGCAUCGAUGACGAAGCGCUCCGCAAAGUCGCCCUGUUCCGCCACGGCGGCCGCUUCCCAGUGCUGAGCUACUACCACAAGAAAAAUGGGAUGGUGAUGAUGAGGAGCAGCCAGCCCCUGACAGGCACCAACGGGCGGCGCUGCAAGGAGGACGAGAAGCUGAUCAACGCCACGCUGCGCUCCGGCCGCCGCGGCUUCGUCAUCGACACCCGGCCCUUGAAUGUUGCCCAGCAGGCCAGGGCCAAGGGAGGGGGCUUUGAGCAAGAAGUGCACUACCCCCAGUGGAGGAGGAUUCACAAAUACAUCGAGAGGUUUCAUAUCCUGCAGGAGAGCUUCAUCAAGCUGGUGGAGGCUUGCAAUGACCAGUCACACAACAUGGACCGCUGGCUCAGUAAACUGGAAGCUUCCAACUGGCUCACUCACAUCAAGGAGCUGCUGACUGCAGCUUGUCUGGCUGCUCAGUGCAUUGACAGGGAAUGUGCUUCAGUGUUAGUCCAUGGCAGUGAAGGAACUGACUCCACACUCCAGGUCACUUCCCUGGCACAGAUCAUCCUGGAUCCAAGGUGCAGGACCAUCCGUGGCUUCGAGGCUCUUAUAGUGAGGGAGUGGCUGCAGGCUGGCCACCCUUUCCAGCAGCGCUGUGCCCAGUCAGCCUAUUCCAACAGCAAACAGAAGUGGGAGGCCCCGGUGUUCCUGCUCUUUUUGGAAUGUGUGUGGCAGAUCCAUCGGCAGUUCCCCUGCUCCUUCGAGUUCAACGAGCACUUCCUCAUCCUGCUCUUUGAGCAUGCCUACGCUUCCCAGUUUGGGACUUUCCUGGGGAACAAUGAAAAUGAAAGGGCUAAACUGAAGCUGCCUCAGAAGACCAUGUCCCUCUGGUCCUGGGUGAACAGGUCUGAUGAGCUGAGCAGGUUCCAGAACCCUCUUUAUGAGGCCAACAGCCUUGUCAUCUGGCCUUCCGUGGCACCACAGAGCCUGCAGCUCUGGGAAGGUGUCUUCCUCCGGUGGAACAGACCUUCCAGAUUCCUGGAGGAAGCCGAGAAGGAAAGGGUCAACAUUAUCAAGUACAACAAGGUGCUGCAGGCCAAGGUGAACGCGCUGAGGCGGCAGCUGAUGCAGAUGGCGACGGAUGUGCAGCUGCCGGAGGAGGAGCCCUGAGCUGGGCUUUGCUUUCCCCUUUACAUGGAGGAGGAAACAUGGAAAGUGCAUGUUCUGCUGAGCCCUUGGGUGCAGCUGACCCUCCCACUGCUGAACCCCUCACUCCAUCAACCUCCCUGCUUUUUGGGGAGGGGUUUUUGUUUUGUUUACAGAAGACACAGCUGGGCACAGUGUCCCCUCUUGGCAGCUGUUCUGUCUCAGAAUUGGGUACAGUGUCAGCAGAAGCUGGAACUCUUUACCUCCAACUGUGUGGAUGAUCAGGAUGGGCCAAGAGACAGGAUGUCUCCACUUUAUUUUAGACUUUUUCUGGUUUUGUUGAACACUCACAGGAUUGAAAUACACGGUUCUGUAUAGAUAGGUAAAGGCAUUUUGUCUGGAAGCACCUUUUCUCUCCAAGAGUAGGUAAGGCAGCUUAGUGCUUUAAUUUCCUAGGAAAUCUAGAAGUUGUUAAAAUCAAAUUACACCUUCUGCCAGUCUACACAAUACUCUCAGUAGCCUUCACAUCUCACACUUGGGUUUCUGUGUUCAGCAUUGGCUCAGGAGCAGGAAGUUAAAUACCAAACCAGAGCAAGACAUUUCAGUGCAAUACAGAAUUGAAGGAGGGAUUCUGCUGCUAAUGUUUAAGCCAUGACCUUCAGGUGGAAUUGUCCCUCGUGGACAAUGAUCUCCUAAGGAAGAACAAACUUUUUUUUUUAUUCUACCUGGAAAACAAAAAGGUUUAGUAGUUGGUGGGGGUGUCCACUUGCAGAACAGGGCUCAGAGCUGUCCUUUAAACCACAGCCAAGCUGCCUUCUUGGAAAUUCCAACCCCCCUGGCUGGGUUUGGACACCUGGCCAGGUUCACAGCAUUGCUGGGGUGCAAGAGCAACACUUCAUUUACAACUCAACAGAACACUUCUGUUGCACCUGAUAUGCUUUUCCUUCUUGUGCUCUUAUGCCCAUCUUGUGAAACCUCAAAAGCAGAAGCUGGAAGUUCAGGUGACCUCACAGAUCUGCUGCAGAUAAAGGGGCCAUCACACUACAAAAAAAUACUAAGAGUUUAGAUGAUUUGUAGCUGCUAAAACUGCUUAAAGACUUUAGGAAUAAGCUUUUUCCCAUUUAACUUUGUCUUUUGUAGCUGCUCUUUCCAUUUCCGUGGCUUCAAUCUGCUUUUUAUAAAAUCAGAGUUCUCUUGUGAUUUUUUUUUCCUCCUUUAAAAAGACAGGUAGGGGUAGGUCUGAAAUACUCCCUGAGGCAUUUUUUCAGCUUGAUUCCAUGGGUAGCUGCACAGGACUGGGAAGAGUUGAAUUAACAGCAGCACAUGUGACUGGGAUUAUCCAGAAAAGAGCUUCCUGUUAGCCUGGUUCUGCUGGAAUGAACAGAGCUGCAGUAGGUCAGUGGUGGGAUGCCUCUGGAAACUGCUGAGCUUCCAAGUUUAUGGAAUGAAGCUGCCUUUAUUUAAAAGCCACUUCACAUAGAUAUAUGUGAAAAUGCAGGAUCUGUAAUUGUAGAAGUAGCUGGGCAGGAACCUGCAAAAAUCAUGUAGCCACUAAAUACAGUCUAAGAAAUUCUAUAACCAAGGAAAUUAUAUAAAAUUAUGUGAUAAUGGUCAAGUGCUACCUUAAUGCCUUUUGUUCAGUCCUUAUUUCCUUAAUUAUUUCCUUCUUGCCUAGGCUAAACGUAGCCCUGAAAUCCUCUGGCUUAAAAAAUAACACGAUCCCUUUUAAAACAUUGCUCACUUAAGGCAGAGGAGUGAUUUCCCCUGCUUGCAAUGCCAAUUUCUUUUUAGAUUUGGAGCUUUGUUCCCUAAAUCCAGCCUGACACGGGGAACGCUGCUCAGGGUGGCUGGGGAUCUGUUCUACAUGACAGGGGAGGCAGAAUUGGGCUGUCCCCUCCUCCAAACCUGGUGAUUCCUCUGGGUAUGUUGCUCACAUAAGCCCUUAAAAUGAUUGUACACCCGUUGAAAUGAUGUCUUUGGGAUCUGCACCUGCCUGGGUGGUGUUCCCGACCCCAUUCACAAUUUCUCCAUCUGAAAUCCAUUAUCCCCAGCCAGAUGGGAAGGAUUCAGAAGGCACUAUUUUCCCUGUAAUAGACUAUACAUAAAACACUCCUAAAGGUUAUGCAAUUCCCUAACACAGUAAUUAUAGAUUGAGCUAAAUAAUAGAGAAGCAGAGAGGGUUUUUUUGGAUCUAAUUGCCUGGCUGCUCCAGCCUCUCCUGCAAACUGCAGGCAUCCGAGGAAAUUGGGAAACCAGCUGUGACAGCCAACAAAAGGCAGCACAUUCCCUCUGAGCUGGCAUCAAUUUCAGCCUCCACUUGUGCUGAAAGCACACCCAAGCACUGUGUGUGCCUUGGGAACGUGGAUCCUGGGAAUGUGCCUGGGAAUGAAUCCUUGGGGCAGUGCUGGUGUCCUUCUGAGCAGCACCUUGUCCCUGCCUUGUCUGGGAGGGCUGUAGGAGAUGCAGUGGGGCCAAGAUGUGUGGUGGUGCAGGUUCUCCUGGGACAGGACACUUCCCAGAGCUGUCCUGCCACGCUGCUGCCACAUUCCCUUUGAGCUUUUCCCUUCCAGUGCCUCCCAGGCUCCGGAUUCACAGCAGCUCUCUCCCAUUCUCUGCUUUGCUGCUUGCCUCCCCUAUCAAAUCACAUAUUUAAUACCAGAGAUGGGUUUCCUCCCUCAGAGGGGGAUCCCUGCCCCGUGUCCCCCCAGUUUGCAGAUUCCCAGUGAAUUCCUGAGCUGGGGCAGUGCCCAGCUCUGGCUCCUCCCUGUGCCACUGCCUUACGCCCUCGCUGCCACCGCGCUCCUGCUCUUUUGCACACUCUCUUUGUGUAACAAGCUGGACACGGAAAGCCCCAUCUCCAAAUUUUGGGGAUCAGUUCACAAAAUUUGGGGAGCACACUCUGCCAUUUACCAAAAAAGAAGGGAAAAGGAACUAACUUGCACAGUUUUCAUAAGGGAAAUCUGAAAUACGUACCUUCAAUAUUUUGAUUGUAUCGAUUAAGUCUUGAAUGUGGCGCUGGUUUUGACGUGCACUAUUGUCCCUGUUGCAUAGGAUCUAAUUUAAAAUUGCACUGUACAGCAUUUUUGGUGUCUCAUGUGUGCUUUGCUAAAGCCUUGGGCAGUGCUGUGGUUAUGUGGGGGGUGAGGUUUCUCCCAGCACUGCCUGUGUAUUGUCACAGCUGCACUGUGUGACGUGAGCUGUGUCUGUUCACUACUGCCUGUUCAAGUGAUGAGUGCACUGCUGGCCCAGCAUCUGGAACUGCUAUUUGGACUUGGCUGCUGCAUCAGUCUUGAUUUUUUUUUUAUUUUUAUUUUUUCUUGUACAAUUUGAAAUGCCAGGGCUGGGAGUUGUGUGCGGGUGUUAGGUAUUUGCUGUCUGUGUACAGAAUCCCAGCUGCUGCAGCGUGGAAUUUAUUGCAACAACGACAAAGUAACAAAUCUGAGGAAAAAGAAGAUAAUGGCUCAAGGUUCAGCCAUUUGGGGGGAACAAAACAGAUACAAAGUGGCUGUAAACUUUGCUGUAGAUACGUUGAGAGCAUAGUAGAUGUGUCUGUUUAAAUUAAAACCCUAAAGACUAAAAAAUUCUUUAAUUACA